CACAAUGGUCCAUGCUGAUGGUUCUGUGCUAAAUAGUUUUAAUUAUUUAAAGCAGCAAGGUCUGAUCAAUGGCUUCAUAUCUCUCUGCCCGACUCCAUCUGUCACUGCAUGGAAAAUUAUUGCCUGUUUCGGUGCAUUUGAAGCUUUUCUACAGCUUGCACUUCCUGGAAAAAGGUUUGAAGGCCCAAUUUCUCCUGCAGGCAACAUACCCAUUUAUAAGGCUAAUGGUUUGCAAGCGUAUGCUGUAACUCUGAUAACUUAUCUAGGACUUUGGUGGUUUGAGAUAUUCGACCCUUCAAUUGUUUACGAUCAUCUUGGAGAAAUUUUUUCAGCACUUGUUGUGGGAAGCCUUGUCUUUUGUGUUUUCUUAUACCUGAAAGGUCAUGUGGCUCCUUCUUCUACCGACUCUGGAUCGUCUGGUAAUCCAAUAGUUGAUUUCUAUUGG